AUGGAUUUUGAUACUUCACGUAUAUUUCCAAAAUACAUUAAGUCUAUUUUGCAGAGACCAUUAGAUGAUGAUGUCCAGGAAGAAAUCAAUGCAUUGUUGAGAAGGUCGGAUAAGGUGAAGGAGAAGGAGAAGGAGAAACAGGUCAGACGUUGGACUUUUUUAGAGGAUUUGAAACUCAAAGGGCUUGUGGCUAUUUCUGGUCCUCGAAAUUGGACGCAGAUUGAAAAAAAAAUGCAUGGAAGAACUGCUAAGACUUGUAGAUCAAGGUGGUUUAACCAUCUGGAUCCAAGGAUCAACGAUGAUGCUUUUAGUGAUGAGGAAAAUAAAAAGCUACUCGAAGCUCACAAAGAAUUAGGUAGCAAAUGGUCUAAGAUCGCUAGGCGUUUUAAUGGAAGGACAGAUAGAGCAGUGCAUAACCAGUGGGACAAACUUAUGAAACAAAAACUGAAAAAGCCAUCACCUCCUCAUCAAAAAACUAACGAUCUCAUAGAUUCUGUUUUAGGGUUUACAGAUAGUGUACGUGAUGAAAACACAAAGAUAAAUAACUCUAGCUUGAAGAUACCACAAGAGGAAACAACCAAUUAUCUCAGAUCGAAGCAUCUCACAGAAGCAAUGGAAUACUCAGCUCGUCAUCACCACUUUUCUUACUUGAUCCCUACAGUUUCCUUGGAAAUGUUCACACCGCAUGUCCCCAUCUCUCAACCAUCAUCAUCAUCAUUACCAUCAAAAGCAAAAGAUACAAAGGCCAAAAUACCCCCGAAGUUUAUAGAUUUUCUGGGGGUAGGGGAUUCUUGA